GAGGAGGGGCGUCUCGGCUUAUGAUUGGCUCGACGGAGCCGGUGAUACCAGACGUAAAGUGGCGUCAGUGGCGGCCAGGGGAGCGUGAGCGAAGCCGAGGAUUGCACAGGGAGGAGGCGAAGUGCCGCAAGUGAAACAAAAUGAGCAAAGCGCAUCCGCCCGAGCUAAAAAAAUUUAUGGACAAGAAGCUAUCAUUGAAAUUGAAUGGUGGGAGGCACGUCCAAGGAAUAUUGCGGGGGUUUGAUCCAUUUAUGAAUCUUGUGAUUGAUGAAUGUGUAGAGAUGGCACCAGGUGGGCAACAGAACAAUAUUGGAAUGGUGGUAAUCCGAGGAAACAGUAUCAUUAUGUUAGAAGCCUUGGAACGAGUAUAAGGAAGGAAGCACCCGUGAUGCCCUGGAGAGAGCCUCAUCUUUUUUUCUUUUGAUACGUACAGUUAGUCAUUGUAUAUUCUUUGUUUAACUUUUUGAAAAUAAACUUUUUGUAAGAUGUUUA